ACAUUCUACUCUUAAGGCCAUCCUUUUCUGUAUUGUUCACAAAAUUUUCACCUAUAAAACCUUCCAUCUCAAUUCUCUGUUUCAAAGAUUUAAGGACCUUCUCUUCUUGAUCUCGUCUCUUAACCAAACAACAAACUUCAGCACAAUGUCUUUGCCCCCUCGUCCUCGUGUUGUCGUAAAUGGAGUCCAGAGAAUGAGAAGAAACCAUUACUACUGGUGUCCACAUUGCCAAAGAACAAUACGGUUGCCCACUUCUCAAAUUUGUUGCCCCCUUUGCCUAUGCGACUUAUGGUACGAGUUUGAUGUGUCAAGACCUAGGGGUCUGUUGGAUGUCUAUGGAUCAUCGAGACGCGCUGCACCUGCUGCAUUAGACUACUUAAAUCUCAUGCUGGAGCCAAACUCAUUCCAUCCACUUAAUCUUAAUUAUGAGAGCAGAUUUGAUGACAUUGUUCUUCGGGUGGGAGGACCUCCUCGGCCUCCAAGAUACGUCCCUCCACGCGAAACCUUGCAUGUUCAGGAGGAACCUGCAGAGCCUUCAGUGGAUGAAGUGAUGGAAGAAUUGAGGCCAGGGCCAGCUCCAGCACCAGCUUCUGCCAUUGAAGGAUUACCUAUACUGACUCUUGGACCGUCGCAUUUGAUCAGUGACUCUCAUUGUCCUGUUUGUAAAGAUGCAUUCGAAGUUGGUGGGGAAGCAAAAGAGCUACCUUGUAGACAUUUCUACCAUUCAGAUUGCAUCGUUCCUUGGCUGCAUCUACAUAAUUCAUGUCCAGUAUGCCGAUAUCAGCUACCAGACGAUCCCUCAAACAAUGACGACCGAGAUGAUCAAUAUCCUACACAAGCAGCCAGAAACUCGGUGAACUGGAGUUGGAGGCAAGUAUUACACUUACUGUGGCCUUUCAGUUUGCUCUCUAAUUGGAGAUCUGCUCCUAGAGAUAGUCCGUGGUGGACGAUUUUUUAGCUAGCUCUCGCUUUCCGUCACCAUGGCCAGGUAAGUUUAGACCAAAGUACCACUUAUGGUGGAUACUUGGCUCACUGUCAUUUAUAUAUACCUUGGACUUGUUCUAGAAUGUCAAGUACAAAACUAUAAUUGCAGUGACAACUGACAACAAUGUAGAGGGACAGAGAUGCAGUUCUUGUGUUUUGUUUUCUUAACUAAUCCCUCUUGCAGGUGUUGUGUUUCGCUUUGUGCAGAUAAUUAACCUCUCUGUAAGUAAUGCAGUUUUGUUUGCAAAGCUUGCAUAUAGCUUAUACAGAUCUCCAUCAAACUCGACGAUUGGCCACAAACACUAGAUGCUCCAACUCUAAUCUGUCUCGGUCGAAAUUCAGAAUAUGCACUGUGUAAUCAUUUCAUGUAUUGUUAUCUACCAUUUCACUCAACACGUCUGUGAACUACAGUUAUGUUCGAAAUAUAGAACAGUCGAAGUUUCUUUGCUUUUGUAUAUGUUUUGCUAAACCCGCAGUGCAGAUGCUCAAGAAGAACUCUUACAAUUUACAUUUACUUUAUACUACUAGGUCUCCUUGAACUACUGCACCGGAGCACUAGUCUGGGAUAACCAACAUCUUCACUUAUUCCCUUAGGGAAAACUUUCGGAUGUUUACAUGUUAUGAGGAUGUAUGAUAGAAGGCCUGCCACUUUUUGGCUUCAACCUACAACUUCUUCAUUUUUUUUUUUGUAAAUUUUA